GCGUCUGCGCCGACGCUGCUGCCAACUGGCACAAUGCCGUUGACGGAAAUCGGACGGGAUUGUCGACUGCGGACGCCAGCAGUCACGCAGAAUGGCAGCAUGCCUGCGACACAGCCACACAAAAAUCAUCACAAGAAAUUGUAGUAGCGACUAGAACGUCGCGCGGUUAACAACGCGUUGUUCCCCAAAAAUAAUUGGAUUGAAAUUCAUAUGAAAGCAAAUUGUAAACUUGGAUUUCAAAAGCUCUAAAUUAAAGUGUGAAAGGAAAUGAAAAAACACAUAAAAAAUAAAGUAAAUUAUAGAGAAGAAAAAAUUAUUGAAGAGCAAAACAAACAGUGAAUAACGCAAAGUAAAUUGAAAUUAUGUACAUAGUAAAAAAAGUUACGGAGAUAAUUUGAAUGUAAAAAUUUGCAGUUGCAAUAACUCAAACCCGCGUCCCCAACGCAAUUGAAGCAGUAGCAGUCUUCGUGCUUUUCAUAUGGCAAGAGUAUAGUGUCAGCCUAAUAACAUAAAUAAACAACCGGUUGCAUUGCCGCUGCUAAAUAACAACAACAUUUGAAAAGUGAACUCGAAUUAAUAAAAAAAAGUAAUUGAUAACAUUUGUGGAGCGAAGUAAAAUUGUGUGAAUGCAUUACGUACACACUGUGGUGAACUGUGCUUAUUUAGUCAACUAAAGGUGCAUAAAAAACACUGGGUACCUAGUUACUUUGUUCUUUUGACGCGCCACCAUUUUCUAACGGAAAUCAGACGUCGUCGGUUAAUUUGUAUCUACGCCAACUUUUUCGAAAUAAAAAACUUUAAAAAUUCAAAAAAAAAAAACACCCACACACACAUAUGUAAAUACUUAAUAAACACUUCCGCUCUUGCAAUGGCGCCCGCACGCGGUUAUAACUCUUAAAACAAGCAGAACAAAAAAAAAUUUGAAACAAAAAACAUUUCAUGUAAAAUGUAUUAGCUCAAAGCAAAAUCAAGUGAAAAUAAAUUGCCGUCGCAUUUGCCGAUUUUUGCUGAUUUUCUUUGGCAAAGAAAUCUUAAACGCAUAAACUACGCGUAGGUACUAACAAAGAUAUCUCAUUCCAAUGUUGUCUUGCCUGGUGCCGUCGUCAUCACGUUUUGGCCAAGAGGAUAAUAUUAUAAAUCAAAGUAUGCCAUCAUCACCAGCGUUUGCCGUGCAAUUUCCCUCAUUGGCAUCAAGUUUGCACCAUCCUCAUCAUCAAAACGGUUCAAAAAACAACAGUAACGUUGAGGAGGAGAACACCUCUAUGCCGGGUCCAAUUUCACCACACACAGAUUUUAUGGUAAAUUGUCCGCGAUGUCCGACCCGACUAGGAUUUCAGUCUCUGCGCGAGCACAUUGCCAGCGAACAUUCGCAUGAGAAACUUAAUAACGAAAACUAUCCAUCCAGCCUCGCCUACCAUCACCACCACCACCAUCACCAACAACAACAACAACAACAACAUAACCACCUACAGCAACAACAUCAACAAUCAUACUCACAUCAUAGUGUCGUCGAUAUUGAAGACGAUAACGAGGACAACGAGAACGUCGACGACGAGGACGACGAUAACAGCAGUAGUAACAGCAACAGUAACGGCAGCGCUGUAAAGUUCACAAACUCACCUAAUCCAAACAAUAACAACAACAACAACGAUAGCAAUAUUAAAAACAAUAACAACAGUAGUAUUACAAGUAUUGAAUACGCAACACAUUCACCUAUUACACCAACAGUUACAAACUCUAUCAUCAGCGCCACCGCCAACAGUCCCAUCUCACCGCACACAAACACCAGUAAGCAACAGUCGUCGUCGUUGUCAUCGAAAAUGAUUCCGAAUGUGACGCCCACCGUCUCACCAACACCAGCUAACGAUCUCAGCGCCGCCACUUCACCAUUUGCUGCAGCCGCAGCCGCAGCAGCAGCGGCGGCAGCUGCCGCUCAACAUCAAUUGCCACCUUUGCCGCCCCACCUAACGCAUCCGCAUGGCAUGCAUCCACACUUGCCUGCUGCUGCACAACUUAUGGCCGCUAUGGCUGCCAUGCAGGCGCAACAACAACAACAACAGCAACAAAGUGAUCGAGUAAAUGGAUUGAGUAAUGGAAUUGGCGGCGGAGCUGCGACUGCGUUAACAUCGAACACAUCUGCGCGCACCACCUCACCCACGAGUCAAUUGCUAGCUUUUGCCACCAACGGACAUCAUCAUCCACAUGCGGCGACGCAUGCGCUGGCGGCGGGCAAUAUUAAUGGUUGCGCUGGUGGCGGUGGUGGUAGCAUUUACGAUAUGGAUGCGGCGUGUUCAGCUUCAAGUCCGGGUUCGAUUGGAGGCAAUGAAAUGGGCGCCUAUCACUGCGUGCAAUGUACGGCGACAUUCCAGACACGCGAACAACUGGAGAAACACGAGGUGCUCCAUUCGCCCAGUGCGCAAACGCAAACGUCAAAUCAAGUGAGUACAAGUGAAACACUAUUCUCAUAG